UGCUGUUAGCUGCCGGUUACUCCCGAAACUUCGAAAUAAAAAGCAUUUCAUAUUUUAUUGGUUUUUCUGUUAGUGGGCUGCUUAGCUAGCAACCUCUAACAAAACAACGUUUGCCGCAGUACUACAAUACUCAGUUAGCCAUUUGCGCAGUUACUUGCAAAAAAGACCUUUGUUUCACUAUUUCCACCAGCACCUAGAAUCAGCAUCAAACAAGGCUUAUGUGUCAAACUGGGGCUCUACACAUCAGAGGGCGCAAUGGAACGUGAAGAUAUUUUGGAAGCUUUGACAAUACUACAGGACGAUCUUGACCAAGAAUUAGAUGCACUACAAGAUAGCAGCUCGUGGAGGGAAAAAAUAUUUGUUUAUUUGGAUAAAGUGCAACAAAAUUUCAGAUAUUGCAUUCCUAAUGAAUCGUUCGACGACAUGACUGGUAAGGAAUGGAUAAAUGUCGCUUCGCCACUUCAAAGCAGCAUACAUUUACGCGGUAGAUUGCUGCUGGUGGAUUUCUUCACUUACUGCUGCAUAAACUGUAUGCACAUCCUUCCCUACCUGCAUCGUUUAGAGGCGAGCAUCGCAAAUGCAGAACUAAUCAUCAUAGGGGUCCAUUCUGCCAAGUUCGACAAUGAAAAGGUUUCAGAUCACGUUAAAAGUGCCGUCUUGCGAUACGGUAUUGAACAUGCCGUCCUUAAUGAUCCCGAAAUGCGGCUCUGGAACCUUUGCCAGAUUAUCUGCUGGCCCACCCUUAUGCUAGUCGGUCCCAACGGUGAAAUAAUCUACAAGUUUAUCGGUGAAAAGAAUAUGAGUAGAUUUGAAGCUUACGUAAGGAUCUUCAUUGACUACUAUUGCUCUAGAGGGCAGGUGACCAAUUCAAUAAAAAUUCCUAUUAAGCUUUUUCGAGAGUCAGCGGAAUCGAGUAAACUUUGUUGUCCUGGUAAAGUGGCAGUCAAUCAAUUAUUUCUUGCGAUUGCUGAUUCCUCAAAUCACCGGGUGCUUAUCUGCGACAAACAUACAUUCAAUGUGCUCUAUAUUAUCGGAAUUACCGGAAAGCCAGGCCGAAAAAACGACACGUUGUCAGAAAGCCGUUUUAAUUCACCUCAAGGCAUAUGCUGGUAUGGACGUUACGUGCUGUUUGUUGCCGACACAGAAAACCACUCCAUACGGAAGAUUGAUUUGGAGGCAGGCAGGGUGACUACAAUCAUUGGAACGGGUAGGCAAGGCGAAGAUUACGCAGGUGGACGGCUGGGUAUUGAACAAGAGAUCAGCUCGCCCUGGGACCUCGCUCUCUACAAGGAUAACGUUCUCUUCAUUGCUAUGACUGGAACCCAUCAGAUCUGGGCCUACGCAAUUAACGAAGAUGCCAAAUUUUUCAAUAGACAUGUGCUGGUGGAAGUUGGCAAGUGUGUCUGUAUCGCGGGAAGUGGACGCGAAGAGAAUCGAAACACAACGUAUCCAUUAAAAGCGGGUUUUGCCCAACCAUCUGGGUUGGCCCUUGAUUGCGACCAUAAUUUGCUCAUCGUGGCAGACAGCGAAAGUUCUACAAUUCGAAGCUUUGACUUGAAUUCUGGCUCCGUUAAGAAUAUUUGUGGAGGAGCUCACGACCCGAUGAACUUGUUUGCAUUUGGAGACCACGAUGGCAGGGGUCCUGAUGCUAAAUUGCAGCAUCCACUGGCGGUUGUAUGGGAUUUUCGGAGCAGUUCUAUCAUCGUUGCUGAUUCGUACAAUCACAAGCUGAAGAUUGUGGAUUUAAAAAGCCGAAUGUGUAAGACCGCACAGAUCAAGGGAACAUUAUGUCUGGACGAACCUGCCGGUCUUGCUAUCGACAACGUCGCCAAUAGGUUGUAUAUUGCGGAUACAAAUAAUCACCAGAUUAAGGUUGUAGAGCUUCAAAAUGACGAGUUCCUGUUCUCGGAUGAAGUCAUUGGGCCUACGCUUAAGUUUAAUUCUGACUCGUCUGAUGAUGUGGUGGAUUCUCUAUUGACUGUACGGGACUUCGUAUCAUGGCGCGCAACAGAUGAAGGUCCUUUGAGAGUAAAGUCCAGUUUGGGGCUUUGCCUCGAUCUUCUACUUCCAAAUGGCAUUGAACUAAACAGUGAUGCCCCACAGACGUGGACGUUACGAGGAGACGGUUUGCAAGAGCAGAAGCUUGAUGUAGAUGCCAUAGCCCAGAUAGAAAUCAAGCAAGAACGCCUCACAUUACAAAUACACUGCUCUCUUGUGCUGUGCAAUGAACUGCAAAAAACCUGCGAAAUGAAACAGAUCUCAAGGCAACUUGAACUUAUUCGUGAUGUGAAUUUUGGUAAUUCAGAAAUAAAGGUGGUUCUUGAGAUAUAGAGAAACAUUCAUAUAUACAGCCACAGCGUACAUUUAAAAUCAGAAGAAAUCGUGUUAACCGUAUCUUUUAACCGAAGGUAUUUGCGGACGGUGUAGUAUAUAUAUGCUUGAACCUUGGUCUCAUUUCUAUUUGCGGAGUCCGAAGUUUUAUCAAGGAAUCCACAGACAUUUAAAUUGGGUACAGUAGUGCGAUUACCGUCAGUGACAACAAAAAAAAGAACAGAUAUUUGAUUUACACACUUGACGUAGUAAGCAACAUCAGUAAUAUUCAUCAACGAUAACGUCAUUAACUUAGUAAUUUACUUACUUUUAUAGAACUUAUUUGUAGAGCACGCAUCUAAUAUGUGACCACUGACUAACCAUAUAUUUAAGCUUAAUUUAUUUGAUUGCUAUACUGCCUGAUAGUUUUUAAAUUCCAGAGAAAAUAUGUCUAGAACUUUUACGAAAUGAUUUCCGCUAUUUCAAAGCAAUAAAGAUUAAUAUGUCAACUUAGUUCUAUCCUAUAACCAAUUUUGUAAUGGACGUUUAACAGAAUAUGAUCCAUUCUUGCGACACCCUCUCGUUAAGAAAAAUAUUCACUAUUCCUCCUUUAGAAGGACUUUAAUAAACACUAAAAAUUAUAGUUGCUUCACCUGUUAGUAGAAAUAAGUUUUGUGUGCUUUCUUUGAUAAUAAAAUUAUACCUGUGAAAGAUAUUGCCGUGUACAUAUAUAUAUAUAUAUGUAUAUAUAUAUAUAUAUCAUUCAUCUUUACAUAUUUAUCGUUGUUGGUAAGGACACACUGUUUGACCUCUAGCAGAAAGUAUAUACAUAUAGCGUUUUGUCUUAUGUAUAAACUUGACAGGGAUUGUGACCUCAAUUGCAAACAAACAUGAAAGCAACUUAAUUUUUAUAACGUAUUCUAGUGCCUCCCUACAACUUUUAUGAGUACAAGUUUGUUAACAAUAAAUAUACAGGUUUAUUUUCA